UGCGCGCGCACUUUGAGGAAAAGAAGCAGCGUGUAAGAAGAAGAAAAGUGUAAUAAAUAAUCUUAAAGACAUGCUGAGAAACGCUUGAUUUAACAACACAAUGGCAGCAGAGCGGCAGAUCAAAAUGCUUGCGUUUGGAGGAGAUGUGCUGGUUUUCCAGAGCAAGGCUUUGAGCACAAAAGCCCGCGGCUCUGAGGUUUCCUUCUGCCGUUUCUCCUUCAACCAAGACUCGCAGACAUUCUCCAUUACAGAGCGAGACUCCAUUCACAAAGACAACUCUGCGGAGAUCGAGAUUAUUCACUGCUGUGCAGCUCUGGAUCAACACAAACGACAAAAAGUGCCUUGCGUUUUACUGCGGCUGUGCAAAAAGAGAGCAUCUGCUUUUAAAUACCUGCUGUACUCCAUAUGCACUGAUGUGAAGCUUCAUGCGGAGUUUGUGUUAAUGCACCAAAUUAGGGAUGGGAUUUCAAUACUACAAGGCCCUACGUUAAUAUGGAGACAUGACAAUUUGGUUUACUGUGCAUCUUUGAAGGAUGGAGGAGUGAAGGAAGUGCAAAUUCCACUUACGGUCAAAUUUAUGCAUGAACUUCCCAGAAAAAUAGCACCAUCUAAAGUGCACAACAUGCUUCAUUUCAUUGAAGAUGCACAGAUAUUAGAUGCUGCAUGCCUUGUUGCUGAUGCGUACAGAUCUGUGCUGCAAUGCAUGAUGGUUUUGUCUGCGGAAGAUGUGCAUGGAGUUUUAAAAUCAGCCGUUUUGGCGGCCACAAGCAUGAAGCAGCUGGUUUAUUUUGAGGACGGUCUUCCUCGGGAUGUGUGCGUUCUUCCAUACGAGCGGCCGAUGGAUAUUCAGAUUCUUCACACGCUGAAAAACGAGUGUCUUAUUGCGCUGAGCUUCGAUCAGGGGCACGUCUGCGCGGUAUGGAAGAACACUUUCCAGGUGGUCUGCUGCUGGUCUGCGGUUCAUCUUCUGCUGGUGGAAGAUUUUCUGCGCUGUGGCUCUGAUCAGAUGCUCCUGCUGUUUGAGGACUGCAGCUCAUCAGAGCAGAUCAACACCUUCCUCCUGACGGAUCUGUGCGGCGUCACACACUCGCGCGGCCGGUCAGACGGUGAGGUCUCGAGCACAUCAGACGCGGUGCAGGAAAACCACCUGCUCACCGUUCAGGCCCUGGACUCCCGAUUGCAGAGCGGCCUGUUGUAUUUAGAGGAGCUCCAGAGAGACGUGCAGGUCAAAGACAGACUCGUCCAGCAGACUCUAAGCGCUCUGGCUGACCUGCUGUCCGGCAAACAUCAUCUCACACCGCCUCCAGAACAGGAGGGUCUGGUGUCUCUGUGGGAUGAUGAUGAUGAUGAUGGCGAUGAUGCUGGUGUUGUGGAUGAGGUGAUGCAGACUGAAGAUGCUGAAGCUCUGCUGAAGGUGGGCAGAGUCUGGCAGAGAGUCAUCGGACAGAGUUUGAUCAUCGGAGUCCUUCUGAUGCCAACAAAUGACAUGUCAGUGAUGGACAUGGGUGUUUCUGUGGUUUUGGAUGGUGAUCAGUCCUCAGCAUCUCCUGUUCUGAACAGCCGCACUAUGAUUCUGCCGUAUCCCUCUUCUGAAUCUGAAUGGUCUCUUGGCCCGUCGGCGGUGAAGAGGAUCAGACGUUCAGACAGAAGCGUAUCGACUCUCGCUCUGCUCUCCGUCACUGAUGCUGCUCCAUUAUUGACCUCAGGAUCUGUCAGAUUUCCCAUUAUGCUCCACUACAGCAGACACUCCUCUGGAUCUCCUGCAGAGUCAGUUCGGCUUUCUCAACACUGUGGUCAAAUCUCACUGAGGCUGAAAGAUGUUGCUGAUGGAAAGUUUCAUCCACGACUGUUGCAGGACAGCAAACUCAACACCGAGGAGGCCAGAGAGGAUCUGCUGAGUCUUAAGGCUCUGCUGGAGGUCUGGUGUCUCCUCAUCAGGUGUUCAGAUCACACUCUGGCUGAUGUUCAGCUCUGGCUCCAGCAGUCUCUGGGUCUGCAGCGUCUGACGGUGGAUCCACACUUCACUGUAGACCCGUCUGGAGUCAUGCUCUUCCACUGGGAGCAGAGAUCACCGUUUCAGGCUGUGCUGAGCAUCUACUGCAGGGAUGAUCUGCCUGUGCUGCACUUCCUGCAGGCUCUGUGUGACUUCCUGCCUGCGUCUCAUGAUGUUCGUCUGCUGAAGAGCAGCGUGAGAUCAGCUGGAGGUUUGGCUGAGAGUCUGCAGACUGAGAUCCACGCUGUAAAUCAAGGCGUGGCUUCAGUCCUCCAGCGGCCAAAGGAGGAGGAGCUAAAUGCACAAGGGGAGGAGUCAGGGGAGGAGUCACAGGCAACAAUCGAGUCACAGAGGCUGCACAGGCUGAGGGAGGCGUGGCUGAGGGACAGAGGGCGGAGCUUUGAUAGACUCCACCCUCUGCUGGACUGCACGCAGUACAGCAGACUCACAGAGCAGCUCAUUCACACACAGAUGAAGACGGAUGAAGAGGCUCUAAUGGAGGUGGCGAAUGAAAGUCUGAAGUGGUCGAUCUGAAUCCACAGCAGAAGAAGAGUGUUUUCUGCUGAUCCUCUUUCACAUUUCCACAGCAUCAGUUCAUCUGUUCUGCUUUUCACUUAAAUAAAUAAACAGUUCUGCUGGAAAACUGCUUUUAUAAAUAGAAACACUAACCUUAAACGUGUGGCGUCUGUGAGAUUAUUUUAAUGCCAUAAAAUAAACUUAUUGUGCUCACAGAGGCUGCAUUCAUUUGAUCAAGAAUACAGGGAAAUGUGUAAAUUAUGAGAUUUUAUUGCAAUAUAAAUUAAGUUUUCCUAUUUAAUGUAGUUUAAAAGGUCAUUUUCUGUGAUUUAAAGCUGAAUUU